AUGGAAAAACAACAACCUCCAUCAGGAGGCGGUACAGUCGAUCUCGACAUGCUGAAAAUUGAACCCAACCAUAACCAUAACUCUCGUGACGUGGACUUCGGUCAAAUGCUGGAAACACAUGCAACUCCGAAGGCAGAGAGGAAAGUUCUCUGGAAGCUUGACCUCUUUCUCAUCCCUUUAAUGGGAUUCUGCUAUAUGUUACAAUACAUGGACAAGCUGGCCUUGAGUCAAUCAACUCUAUUUGGCCUCCGACAGGACCUGGGCUUAAAAGAUCGAGAAUACAACUGGGCAUCUGCUGUAUUUUACUUUGGAUAUUUCGCCUGGAGCUGGCCCAGCUCCUAUCUGAUCGUUCGACUCCCGCUGGGAAAAUAUUUGAGUGUCGCUGUUUUCAUAUGGGGUGGGGUUCUUAUGUGUCACGCUGCCUGCAAUAAUUUCGGUGGAUUGAUGGCAGCGAGAUUCUUCCUUGGCGUGGGAGAGGCAUCUAUUGCCCCCGGUUUUGCCAUUAUUACGGGCAUGUUCUACAAGCGCGAGGAGCAACCUUCUCGUCAAGCUGCCUGGUUUGCUGGUAACUCCAUUGCAACGAUUAUUGGCGGAGUUGUUGCAUAUGGAGUUGGCAAGAUCAACAUCAGCUCUGUUAACAAUUGGCAGUUGCUGUUUUUGAUUCUCGGUGCAGUCACCGCUGCCUACGGAAUUGUGCUCUUCGUCUUUCUGCCAAAUUCGCCCGCGAAUGUCAUCGUUCUGGACAAGACCGAAAGAGCAAUUGCCCUACAACGGACGCUGAAAAAUAAAACUGGUGUGAUGGACAGUGGGAACUUCAAAUGGAGCCAGGUUUUAAUGGCCAUCAAGGACCCUCAGACUUGGUUUCUGGUACUAUACACGCUUUGCGUCAACUUUUGCAAUGGCGGCAUUACCAGUUUUUCGUCAAUCAUCAUCCAAGGUUUCGGCUACGGCGAGCUCAAGGCCCUUCUCAUGCAGAUGCCUAUCGGAGCCGCUCAGCUGGUCUUUCUCCUAUUGACCUCUGGCUUCGCCACAUUUGUGCCUUCAUCCCGCAUCUUCAUGAUGAUCUUGAACACAGGUACCUCGAUGAUUGGCAUGAUCCUUAUCUGGAAGCUUGCCGAUGACAACAGUGUAGGCAAAAUGGUUGGACUUUGCUUAGGAUCAGUCUUUGCUGCCAAUAUCCCCCUAUCACUGAGUAUCAUCAGUUCAAACGUGGCUGGAUUCACCAAGAAAAGCACAGUCAGUGCCAUGAUGUUUGCCGCAUACUGUAUUGGUAAUAUUGUGGGACCUCAAUUCUUCAUUCCUUCUGAAGACCCGGACUAUCCCACUGGUAUCAAGGCGGCCAUGUCUGGGCUGAUAUUUGGUAUCUUUUUCCUGAUUUGUCUGUACAGCUUUUACGUGUGGGAGAACCGCCGUCGCGACCGGCUUUACGGAUUGCCACGGGAAUUGACCGAGGCAGAGGAGCUACAAGACGAGCUGUCCAAUAAGACAGAUCAUGAGAUUGAGAGUUUCCGCUAUGUACUUUAG